GUGAAAUGUCCGAUUGGGAGGAAAAGUUCUUGGAUAAUUACAUCGAAAUAGAUGAGCUUAUCGACUUUCUACCCGAGAAGACACCACUCUGCACAGAGACCUGUGAGCAUUUUCUGAUAGAAAGUUCAAAAAACCUCAAACUACAUCGCCGUGCAAGAGUACCAAAACGUGUAAGCGCCACCAGCAGCCAAGCGGAUCAACCCACCAACGGCUAUCCUUGCACCUUCGCCACUUGUGAUAAAGUUUAUGCGAAACCGGCACAUUUAAAAGCCCACAUGCGUCGUCAUAUGGGCGAAAAGCCGUACACCUGCGAUUGGCCUGCUUGCACUUGGAAAUUUUCACGUUCCGAUGAGUUGGCGCGCCAUCGGCGUUCACACUCGGGUGUGAAGCCUUAUAAAUGUAAUUAUUGUUUGAAGUGUUUCGCCCGCUCCGAUCAUCUAACGAAACAUAGGAAGGUACAUGAGCGUCGCCUGCUCGCGGCGAGUAAGGCGGGGAAGGCGAUUGAUGGCGUCUUACCGCAUAGCGUGUUAACCGUGCGGCCGGGUCGCAAGCGUAAGAAUCAGUUAUAG